UGGGCUUUAUGAAUCGCCCAUGGCGCCCAUAAGCCCAUAGUCCAUACCAGUCCAUACGAUUUCGUGUUUAACAACACGUGAUUAGUACACGUCUAAAUAUUAUUCAAACUUUUUAAGAGAUGCCAGCCAAAAUAAAAAACAAAAUACUUAUAUACGAGGGCAGCAAUUAUUUGAGAUAUCGCUUAUUGUUAUCCACAUUAUCUGGAAAACCAGUAAGGAUUACAAAUAUUAGAACGAAGGAUGAUGAUCCUGGUCUUAAAGAAUAUGAGAUUAGUUUUAUUCGUCUAUUGGACAAGAUGACUAACGGUACAAAAAUUGAGCUGAAUGAAACUGGUACCAGUAUAUAUUAUAAUCCUGGUUUAUUAAACGGUGGUGAAUUGGAACACGACUGUAGUUUACAGAGAGGUAUUGGUUAUUAUUUGGAAGCAGUUAUGAUACUUGCUCCAUUUUGUAAAAAUUCUAUCGACUUGAAGCUCAAAGGAAUAACCAAUAAUACUAUAGAUCCAUCCGUGGACAGAAUUCAGACCGCUGGUAUACCGAUAUUAAAAAGAUUUCUAGCAGGCGACAAUGAAAUUUUACUAACUAUUCGCAAGAGAGGAGUAGCACCUUUGGGAGGAGGAGAAAUACAAUUUAAAUGUCCUAUUAGUCGUCAUCUGAGAACAAUUCAGUUGGAAGAUAGUGGAAUGGUAAAACGUAUCAGAGGAACUGCAUGUAGCGUAAGAGUUUCUCCAGCGAUCGCUAAUCGUAUUGUUGAAUCGGCGAAAGGUGUUCUCCUCAAGUUCAUACCAGAUGUAUAUAUUUAUGCGGACCAUUGUAAAAAAUCAACCAGUGGAAAAUCCCCAGGUUUUGGAAUCACAUUGACAGCGGAAACUACUAAAGAAGCAUUUUUCAGCGGACAAGCAUUCUCUCCAUUAAUGACAACAGGUUCUUUACCAUGUGUACCCGAAGAUCUUGGUAAAGAAGCUGCGAUGAAACUUCUGGAUGAAAUUUAUAGGAAUGGAUGCGUAGAUUCUUCUUUUCAAGUCGUAACUGCUGCAUUUAUGGCUCUUGGCAAAAAGGAUGUUUGUAAAGUUAAAGUAGGACCGUUGACUCCAGCAAUGGUACAAUUUUUACGCGAUUUACGAGAUUUUUUUGGAGUUACCUUCAAAAUAGAACAAAUCAAGGAAGGAGAAGAUGAAACAUUAUCGCAAGUUCGUUUGACUUGUUUAGGUAUAGGUUAUACUAAUAUAAGUAAGCGAACUCUAUAAUGUAAAUAUUGUUAUAGAAUUAUAUUAAGUUAUAAUACAUUAUGCUUUUUCACCUUUAACAUCAAUAGUAAUGGAGUUUAUAUUUAUUUACGAUAUAAAUACGUAUAAAAAAUAUGUGUAAAAAGAAA